CCCCUCUUGCAGAGUUGCGAAUCUGUCGAUCAACCGACGGAGCAGCGAGCAGCGGAGUAGUCGCUGCUGCUGCUUUGUUCUGCGCAGCUGCCAAAACGCACGAUAUGGCGCCAACAGGUCGAUGGAACAGAAUGUGGUUCGUGCUCGUGAUAACUUUCGUAACGCUGUUGUCUUCGCACGCUGAUGCUGCUAGGCUUGGGGGAGAAGGUGUCGCGCUCACCCGAUCCGGGGACGUCCUCAGCGCGGAUGGAAGCACUCAAGAAGAGUACGAGGUGCGGGAAUCGGAUCCUAUUACGGCUCACUUCAUCUCGUUGGGCUCGGCAGCGCAGAAGCUGCUGAACAAGUCGGGUUACGCCUUCGGUUCCCUCGUUCGGAUCUCACACUCAGAUAGAGACAAAGAGUACGGCGAGGGGCCGGAGAGAACGGCGUGGUUUCCCAUGGUGGUUUUCUUAGACGUUUUCGAAGAGGGGUCGGGGGACAACGGCGAAGACAUGACGGCGCGGUACGAGGUGGCGUUGGAUUUCCACCCGAAGACAAUCGCCGCUCCGGGGCUAGUGGUCCUCGCGGCGUGGAAGAUCAACACGGACGGGGGCGUGGCGGCUAAACUCGAUGUUCUCCCGGCGGAGGAAAAGGGGUUCCUGGAGAAAAACAGGCCGGGGAUCACCAUGAUGUUCGGCGUUAUCAUCGCGUCCGGAAUCGUCAAGUUCCUCAGACGCGGUCUCGAACGGCUCGUGAAGAAGGCUAAGGCAGACAGGCAAGAGGGAACGGCAACCGCAGCGCCAGCGACGGAGGCAGAGCCGUCGGUAGCGGCGGCACGAGGAAAGGGCGCCGAAAAUCCCAAGAAGAAAAAGGAAGGCGGCAAUAACGUCAAGCAAGACUGAUCUGCCCAGUGUGUUCAUAAGUAGUCUUGUCGGGGAAACACCAACGAUCUCGUAGGUACCAGCGUCAUGUAGGUGUACGUGUACCUGUACCUUUUGUGUUCUUCUUGACAUGUCAUCGGCCGCGCUAACCGGCUGACCAGUGAAAAGUGUUUUGCGGGGUAAAACAAGCGAAAAAAAUGUUUUUGUUCCCUGACGGGGGAACGCGGGACGCGCGGAGGAGAUUGGACGAUAGGGCAUGUGUGCGCCCCGCGUGUCUCAAAUAUGCAUAGGAUUAGUAUUUCACAAUCUUUGACGUAUGUUGUUUUACUAUUUACCGGCAACGUAGGGUACGUCGGUUGAGAAAUGAUAUGUUUGUGGAUUCAUGUCUCAGUCCUUCCUCAAACAUUUGCGAGCCAAGUCACCGGAGGUGUAAAAAAAUUGGAGUGUGUAGUGGCGAGCAGAAACAACGUUGUUCUUUGCCCUCCUCGCCUAUGUCGCGCGAGUUGAAAAAAUCAGAGGCGUGUGUGAUCACGAGCAGACAGAACUCGGUUCCGGCUGUUGUCGCUGCUUCCUCUAGUGUGUGCGGUCGUCCCCAUCUAUUCUGGCGCCAGUCUGCGCAACUUUCGGUGUACCAGGCACAAGCGUCGACAAAAAUUCCGGUGUCACAUAGGAAAAAGGUCAU